AUGCCUGUUAGUAAGAAUGCAAAGAUCAGCCAGCAUGUUAAUUAUAGGAUUAGGUGUACCAUGCAAGAUGGCCGGCAACUAGUAGGGACGUUCAAAGCUUUCGAUCGUCAUAUGAAUAUAAUAUUGUGCGAUUGCGAUGAGUUUCGCCAAGUCAAAAACAAGACAGCAAAGCAAGAUAAGGAUCGGCAGGAAAAACGGGCUCUAGGCCUUGUUCUACUGCGAGGUGAACAUGUUGUUACUAUGAAUGUAGAUGGUCCCCCACCUCCUGAAGAUGCCGCCCGAGUUCCGCUCCCUACAGCAGGUGCUUGGUCAGCUGGAGUUAAGCCAUUGACUGGUAUUGCUGUCGGGCGCGGUAUGCCCCUUGCGACCCCAGCAGCAGCUAUUGCCCCAGCUCCACCUGCUGGUUUAGGUGGGCCAGUUUGGGGAGUCGGAGCACCAGCACCGGGUCUGAUGCAGCCACGAGCGCUUCCUGGCAUGCCACCUCCACCUCCUCCCCCGGCAGGUGCACCAACUGCAGCGUUCGGUCGUGGAAUGCCAACUGUCACCGCUGUACGAGGAUAUCCUCCUCCUCCACCUCCACCGCCUCCUGGAUAUCAUUGA